AUGUGGGAAGAAUGGGAUGACGAAUAUUUUGUAAGGAAUUUUUUUGAUUGGAAUAUAUUUGCUAAAUAUUUUAAAGAUAAUGAAUUUCAAGAAUUAGAAGAGAAAAUAAAACAGAAAUAUAGUAAUAUAAAACUUGAUGAAUUAUAUAAAAAAGAUGACAAAGAAUAUAAUGAUAAUGUUUUGUUAAUAUUACAUUCAUUUAUUGAAGAGAAGAAAUAUGUAGAUGCUUCAGAUUUCUUAAUUAAUAUUAUAUUAAGAUGGAAUUAUUAUACUAGUUUAAGAAGUGAAAAAGAAUUAAAUCUUAAAGCAGUAAAAAAUAGAUUAAAAAUGAAUGUAGAUAUUUGUAUUUUACCAGAUCUUUAUAAUAAUUUUGAAGAAUAUUUUUAUUCCUAUUUUCCUUUGUUUUUAAUUGAAACACAACAAUUAAUAAAUAAUAAAAAAGAAAAUGAAGAUAUUAUAGAAUAUGAUGUUAAUAUUAUUAAUGAUAUUAAAGAAACAUAUAACUAUGAAUUUUUUGUUAAUAUAUCUUAUGAUAGUAUUAUACAUGCAAACAUUUUUUUUGGUGACCUUGUUCUACUAAAAUUCAUACCAAAAGAAACAGCCAAAAAUGAUUCUCAAAAUAUGUACACACCAUUAUUUAAUUCUUCAAAAAAAAAAUCAGACGUAUCUUCAAAUUCGUCGCACAGUAAUGAAAACGACAAAAUGUCAAUGGAAUCUUCGUCUGUGUCUACAGAUUUGGAGUAUCAAAAAAAUGAUGACACAAUUGGUCAAAUGAAUGGUUAUACAUAUGAUCAUAUAAAUUCUGAACAUUUUUGUAAAAGUCAGCAAAAUUCUGAACAUUUUUGUAAAAUUCAGCAAAAUUCUGAACAUUCUUAUAAAAGUCAGCAAAAUUCUGAACAUGUUCAUAAAAAUGAUGAAACACGUUCUGAUAACAAUAAUAAUGUCAACAUUUACAAUAAAAAAAAUUCUUCUCUUUUGUUAUCGCGUGACAAAGUAGAGGAAAGGACACAAUUUAAUUCUGAUAAGAAGGAAAAUUUAAACGAUAUGUUAAAAAAACAAAGUGAUAAGAAUUUAAAAGGAUCAGUUGAUUGUAAAAAUGAACUAGCCAAAAAUCAUAAACAGAUCAGUGACGAAAUUAAUGAUGAUAUAUAUAUGGUUAGAAAAUAUUGUGUACGUCAUUUAUUAGGUUAUGUAGUUUCUAAAAGUCGAGAAAAUAUUAAAAUAAAAUUUAAUUUAAAUUAUCCAAAUUUUGAUAUUAUUGACAAAGUUAGAAAAGAAAUAAUAUAUGAGAUAUUUAAUAAUGAAAUGAUAAUGCAUAAUUAUUUUAUACGUAUAUCAAAGUUGACAAGUUUAAUUUCGACACUCCGUUUGUUUAACUGUUUAUUUAAUUUUAGAAACUCGUGUAUAUUGAAUGAAAUUGUAGAAGGUAAUACAAAUGAUAAUGAAGACAACAUGGAUGAUGUAGUCAUAGAAAAUGUUCAACCUGUGAAGAAGCGUAAGAGGGGUGAAGGGCCAUAUGCAAAUUCGGAAAUGAAUGAAUUAAUGAAUGGGUAUAAUGAUAAUAAGAAAGAAAAUAAAAAAUAUGAGGAAGAUCAAGAUGAAGAAGAUUUAGAUGAAGAAGAUUUAGAUGAUGAUGAACAAAUGGAUAUAAUAAAAAAUAUAGAGAAAAAAAGUACAAAAAAAAAAACAGAGAAAAUAAGACAAAAUGGAAAUAUACAUAUGAAUGAUAUAAAUUUAUUAGAUAUUAAUCAAGAAGAAUUACAUAAUAUUCAAUUAAGUGACAAUAUAACUGAAGAAUAUUUAAAAGAAAAAAUAGAAGAUUAUUUAAAAAGAUAUAUGUGUGAUGAUUUUAAAAAUAAGAACAUGUUAGACAAAAUGACGAAUGAAAGAAAUAUUACAAGUGCAUUAAAAAAUAAUAUAUAUAAUUAUGAUCAAUGUAAUAAUAUUAAUAACGAAAUAAAAAAUGUAUCACAUAUACAUAGUAACAAUAAAGAUGAAAUGAUAAGUCAGAAUGAAUAUUAUUUGUUUGAACAUUUAGAUGAAUAUUAUAAAGGUCUGGAAUAUAUUCCAGAAUUGUUAAGAAAACGUUUUUUUAGUAUGUAUAAUAAGUAUCAAUUACGUGCUAUAAAUAAUAGUAUAUUGAAUGAUGGUGUAACAUUAAUUCAAGGACCACCUGGAACUGGUAAAACCACAACUAUUUUAGGAAUUAUAAGUGCAUUAAUAUUUUAUGAGAAAGAUGAAAAUAUAGAAGAUGAUAUUAUAGACAAGGAUAAUAAUAUGGAAACAAGAAAAACAAUGAUAGAUGAGCAUAGCUAUAUACCUUUUAGUAUAUCCAUGAAAGAAGAGAAAAAAAGUCCUUAUGUAUGGUUGAAUUAUGAUAAGAAUGAUGACUACUGUUAUAUGAAUGAUAAUUGUUUCGAUGCUAUGGAAUAUGAAGAUUUUCAUCAUAUUGAAGAGAAUAAAGAAGAAGAAGGUAAAAAUAUUUUUCAUAUAAAUAAAAGUAAUUUAAAUGAAAAAAAUGAUGCAUAUGCUAUUCAUUUAAGUAUUAUGAAUGCAUCAAAUAGAACAUUAAAAGUAGAUGAAAGUGUCGAUAUAAAUAAUACAAAUGAUGAUGAUAAUAAUGAUGUAUAUAAAAAUAAUGAAAAUAGAAUAAAGAAUUUGAUAUCUUUAACUGAGUCUUAUUAUUAUUCAUAUGUAAAUAAUGAUCAUAUAUUAAAUAACAAAAUGGAAUGUAUAGAAAAAAAUAAGAAUGAAAAAAGUAAUUAUUCGUAUUAUGUAAGUGAAGGUAAACAAAUUAUUAAAAAUGAUAAUAAUAGUAAUAAUAAUAAUAAUAAUAAUAAUAAUAAUAAUAAUGAUGAUGAUUAUAAUAAUGAUGGUGAUUAUAAUAAUGAUGGUGAGGAAAAGUAUCAGGUGGAUAAACAAAAUAAGGCCAAUUUCAAUUUCAAAUUACAUGGAUUGAAAUUAGAAGACAAUGAAGAACCAAAUAAAGAGUAUAAUAAUAAUAAUAAUAAUAAUAAUAUAUCAUCAUACAAUAUUUAUAAUAACAAUUAUGAGAUAGAAGAACAAGAUAAGCUGAAUGAAAUGAAUAAAAUGAAGAAAAGAAAUAAAUGUAAUCAAUUAAAUGUCAUAAAAAAUAAAAAAAUUUUAGUAUGUGCUCCAUCGAAUGCAGCUAUAGAUGAGAUAUUAAGAAGAUUAAUAUCAAAUGAUUUAGGAAUAUUAGAUGAGAAUGGGAAUUUUUUUAAUCCUAUAGUUACUAGAAUAGGAGGUAAUGUUAGUACAGAUCUUUUAGAAUUCAGUUUAGAAUUCAAAGAACAAUUAUAUUAUUAUUUAAAUAAAAAAGAUGAAAAUAAGAUGAUAAAAAGUAAUCUUUUAAAAACCUCCACUAUUAUAUGUUCUACUUUAUCAUCAAGUUCAAAUACUUCCUUAAUUAAUAAUAUAAAAAAGUUUGAUGCUAUAAUUAUAGAUGAAUCAUCUCAAUCCGUAGAAAUAGAUAUAUUGAUUCCAUUAUCUUUUGCAUGCAAAAAAAUCAUUUUAGUAGGUGACCCCAAACAAUUAUCAGCAACAGUAUUUUCUUUAUUUGCCAAGAAACAUAAAUAUGCAAGAUCAUUAUUUGAAAGAUUACAAAAGAAAUAUUUAACGAAUGAAAGAAAAUAUAAUUUGUUGUCAAUACAAUAUAGGAUGCAUCCAGAAAUUUCUGCAUUUCCUAAGAAGUGUUAUUAUAAAAAUAAAAUUAGGGAUGCCCCUCAUUUUGUGUUUACAGUAUUAAAGGAGUUGGAGAUAAGUAAAUACAUAAAAAGGAAGAAUACAAAAAGUAUAAAAAAAGAUAUAAAAAUUGAUGAUGAAAAUGAAAUCAAUGAUGAGUUACAAAAUAAGUAUAUAGAAAACCUUUUAUGUAAUUUUAAUUUAGUUGAAUUUAUAGAAAAAAAUAUGGGAAUUAUUUCACCCUCUUUAAAUAAUAUAAUGUUAUAUCAAGAAAACCAGGGAUUAAUUGAUUGGUUUUUUAUUCCUUUAUUACAGCAUAGUGUAUUUUAUGAUAUAUCAUUUUCAAAACAAAAGAAAAUAAAAAAUUCUUAUAUUAAUAUUGAAGAGAGUGAAGUGGUUAUUCAUUUUAUCGAAUUUUUGCAUUAUAUAUUUAUGUCUGAAAAUAUGAACCAAUGGUAUAAACGUAUAGGUAUCAUAACACCUUAUGCUACAGAGAAAUUUUUUUUAAAGAAAAUAUUAAAACGUUUUUUUAUAAACAAGGGUUAUAGUAAGAAUAUAUCUAAUUUUAUUGAUGUUGGAACCGUCGAUGGGUUUCAAGGAACAGAAAAGGAUAUGAUAAUAUUUGUAUGUGUAAGAACAAAAGGGAAUUUGAAACGAAAAAAGAAAAAGGAAAAGUCUAAUAUAAAUAUUAGUAAAAAUAUGAAUGAAGAUAUUAUAACAAAUUCGGAAGAUAAAAAAAAAAAAAAAAAUUUAGAAAAAGGAAACCAAAAUAGAGAAAUAAUUCCUAAUUCGAAUGAUUCAACACUUAUUUGUUGUUCAUCUUCUGAAUCUGCUUUUGAUGAAGAAAUUGAUUCUUCGAAUUUAUUCUUUUCAAAUUAUAAAAGAUUAAAUGUAGCUUUAACUCGAGCUCGUUUUAAUUUAUUUAUUUUUGGUAAUUGUAAAUUUUUAAAACAUUGUGACGAGUGGGAUAAAAUUAUUGAGCACUACAAAAUGAAGAAUAAAAUAAUAAAAAUAAAACGUAAAAAGUUUUAUAAAAAAAUAAAUACUACAUUGAGUAAUAUGAAUGAAGAAGAGUUAUUUGAUAAUAACGUUGAAGUAAUAAAUAAAAAAAUAGAAAAUUCAUUUUAUAAUAAAAAUAUUAUUGAUUAUAAUUUUGAGCCUAUAUAUGAAAAGAACAAUUCUUCAUUUGAUUUUACAAAGUAUAUGAAUAUGUCAGCAGAGGAUGUAUAUGAAACUCAAAAAAAUAAUAUAUACAGCACUGAUCAUAAAGAUGAUAAAAAUAAUAUGGUUAAUAAAGAAAAUGUUGUUGACCACAAAACUGAAGAUAACAAUAAGGAUAUUAUAAAUUUUUUUAAAGAAUUAUAUAUGGACGACAUAAGUGAUUCUUUAAUUGAAUGUGAUAAAGAAAAUAACAAUAAUUUAUUUCAAGAUGAUGAUAAUGUAUUAAACGAAAUAAAAGAAAAUAAUAUAAAAGAAGAAAUAGUUGGUGGUAUAAAAAACGAAAAUGUAUUUACAGAAAUGAUAAAAAAUAAUGAUAAAAAUAUAUAUGAUGAAGAAAAGAUGAAUGGUGUUAUUUCUUCAUAUAAUGAACACAUUGAAGACGAACCAAAUAAUAUAUUAAAUAUUGAUGAUAUGAACAAUAAGAAGAAAAAAAAAGACGAGGAUGAAGAAUCAUUCGAAAGAGCAAAAAUAAGUUCACUAUCAAAUAAAAAUAAUAAUAAUAAUAAUAUAUAUUAUUUAAAGGAUAAUAAUUAUUUUAUUGAUACCUUGUUUAAUUACUGCAAAUCGAAUAAGGACUUACAUUUUGCAGUUCAGAAAAUAUUACCAAAUUUUUCUAAAAAGUUUUUAUUUAAUUGUGUUGAUUAA